CUAAGAAGUGCCUAAUUCACUUUCCAGUAUGCAAUGAGCGCUCAUUAAGCUGAGUGACAGCAGAGAUCGUAGUCAUCUGACUUUGCAGCAGUGCUUCAAACUGAAGUCGUUUCUGGAGAUCUUCCCACGAGAGCUCUGCAUCGGCUCCAGAUUUAUGCACUGCCCUCUACUGGGUAAAGUAACCUCAUUUAGCCAAGAGUAACAUACUCUCAUCUAAACCCACUGUAAGGGACCUCUUCCCAAGGCCCAGAUGGUGGGGAUUUUAAGUAGGGGUAGAGGGGGUAAGAAAGAAAAUAGAAGGUUGAGGAUAGGGGCUUGCAAAAGGAAAUGUGAGUGGAAAAUAAUCAGGAUAUCCCAAUAAAGCUCAACUUAUGGGACCCUCAAGGCUAAAGUCCCAACUCCUCCUAUCCCAAAGCCCUCACUCAACAAGGCUCCUUCAUAUGUUAUGACUGAGACCUGCUUCUCCUGGGCAAGCCCUUCUAGGACACAUUAUGGAGCAUCUCAGCCUGCAGUUCACAUGCAAAUGACACCAAACUCCUCGGGCAGGAGCUCGACAUGCUAGCCUUUCAUUGUCCAAGCUGGUAGUGUGGCUGGGAGCUCACCUACCCAGUGAAGUCCUGCCAACUUCUGAAGCUUUGCAACUAAAUGUUACUACCACAUUCUUGUCGAAUGAGGAAGACUUUUUGGACAGACGCUUUGUCAGCUACUCAGUCCACGGCAGCCAGACUGCACGUGCAUCCGGAGGAGAUGUCUUCGCCUUGUGAUCUUACAAAAUCAAAAAUUACAUGAAAGUGAAACAACUUUCCUGGCACACCUGCGGCAACAGGCAGCCAAAUUCCAUCCCACCUGAGAAACACUGGGCUGCAGUACGGCCUGAGGGCCUCAGCAAUGGCAGUAGGAAGGCAGCUCGAGUGCUGCAGGGCCUGGUUGGGAGUUAAAAGAUCUGAGCUGUGGUUUUGGCUCUGAUUUACCUUACCGUGACACAGUUAAGCACUUCCAAUCUCUGCUCUUUGGAGGGGAGGUAGAGAACCUGGCCUAUGCAGGUGUUAAGCUGUUAAGGUUGGUUGCACUGUGGUCAAACAAUGUCUUGAACAAAGCAGCCUUUGAAUCUACUCACUGGCUGGAGUGCACUACAGCAAAGCAAAGAGCAAAACAUGUCUCACUAUUGCAUGUUUGAAUUCUAAAGUAAGUUUCAGUUCCACCAUUCCUGAAUGCUUUUGUUUUAAAGAGAAAAGUAGCCCCCAUGCACUCAUAGUGAACCUCAGCUCAAGUUCAGUUGCUCAGAAAUGGUUUGAAGGAGAAUUCUGAGCACAAAGGGAAUCUCUAUGCCAGUUCUUAAAAUUUAUGAUGUGCUCUGCUUCUCCAAAUUCACAACCAUGCUCUCACAUGACAGAACAUGAACAGUAAAUUUCAGUGACUAAAGCAUCACCAGAAAUUUCCAGGUUCACCUACUGUACGCCAGCAGGGCACUCUUUCACCAUGAGUAUAACUCAGACUGUGACCACACUGGGUUUUGAAAAGAAUAUUGAGUCCCAAAGCAUGAAAUACAUCCCCUCAAAGGGCAACUAAUGAGUCCCUCCUGGGCCUUACCCCUUCAUCGUCUGACAGAAAUUAUUUCCUUUUCGUUGUCACAAAGCAUCGUAAUGACUGCAAGGGGAAACUGUCCUCCCUCUGCUCCUGAUGCGAAGCAGCGCGGCCGCAGCACCCGUCUGUCACACUGUGCGGCCCCGUGCUUGGAAGUGACAAAUUCAUGACUUGCUUCCAAAGUCGAGAGGACCUGCUUGCAGGAGCAGAUCAAACCCUGGUUGGGGUUCGCAAAUCUCUCUGCGGGUGAGCAGCAGCCCCAGCAUCCUGCACCGGCUGCCGGCGACGCCAGAGACACAGCUGGGGAUCUGAGCAGUUACUUCUAAAUCUGAUUGCCCUGCAGAAAACCCCAGGGAAAUUCUGCUCUGAGAACUCCAGAACCAGGGCAGCGUGCGGACGGCCCUCCCAGUGGAAGGAUCACAGAUUUCUGUGAAUGCUUUUUUCAGUCUACAUUCACGGCCGAUAUAAAUGUGCUCCCCUUCUCGGACAUUUCCUAGUCCCACAUUACAUCCUCCCACCACCCCGACCACGCUGACCCGCUGGCUUUGACAGGGCAGCUAUCACCCAGCACACUCGUCCUUCCCACGCCGCCCUCCUGCUUUUCCUGCCGCUGUGGCCCCACGGUUCGGGCCGACCGCCAGCUCAGAGCCGCGGCCAUCGCCACACACCUCCGCGGGCCCCUCUGUCCUCAGCACCGCCGGGCUCAGCCCCCGCGCCGGGCUCGCGGCCGAACUGAAGAAUAGCUGCUGGAAAGCUGCCCCGCCGUAGCCACUGACGCUAUGGAAGACCGCAUCCGCUGGCCUAGGCUGUAGGAUGGUAGCGCACAGCAAGGUGUCAGCAGACAAUGCAGUUGCAGCAGACCCGCGAUGUCUACUUGACCCUCCGGCACGGGAUCGCUCUCAGGCUCGAGGCUACCGCGGCGCAGGCCGGCCUGGCGCUGUGCAGGCACCGAGCAGCACGCACUUCCGAACCUUUCGCUCGCAGGCGGAUUUCAGUAGCAUCACUCGAGCAAGCAGCCUGCUGGAUGCCUGCGGCUUCUACUGGGGACCACUGACCGUCAGCGCUGCCCACGAGAAGCUGAAGUCUGAGCCCGAGGGCACCUUCCUCAUCAGGGACAGCACACAGAAGAAUUGUUUCUUUGCCAUCAGUGUUAAGACUGCGACUGGGCCCACCAGCAUCCGGAUAAACUUUCAGACCGGGCGUUUCAGCCUGGAUGGCAGCAAGGAGACCUUUGAUUGUCUUUUUAAGCUGCUGGAACAUUACUUAAGCUCUCCGAGGAAAGUACUGGUCACCCCCCUGCGCAAAGUCCGUGUGCAGCCCCUGCAGGAGCUCUGCCGGAAGAGCAUCGUGAAGACUUUUGGAAGAGAGAAUUUGAACCAGAUCCCUCUCAAUCCUGUGCUAAAGGACUAUCUGAAAUCCUUUCCAUUUCAGAUUUAAGUACAGCAUUAACUGUAUAGAGACAUGUGAGAGAUGUGUGGAGAAAUCCAGCUUCCUGGGUUUUUAAACAUGUUUGACAGUGAGCAAACCUAUUUUUGUAGCAACUUACUGUAUUUUGAAAUGCAACUUGAACACUUGACUUCUUAUGUUUACAAAAACUGUUUGCACAACCCUGGGGUUUUAAAACCCUGGCAUCAUUUUUCUGCCAAGCAGAAUAUUUUAUUAUUUUAUAAUAUUUUUAAUGCUAUUAACAUAAUAAACUUUAUUGUGAAAGUUUUUAGAAAA